CCGAGUUGUCACGACUUCACACGAAAACGCACCACUUUUGUGCUCCCGAGACAGAAGUGAACAACACUAUACAGCAAAUUAUGGAAAUCACUUAAUUUAUUGUUUAUGUUUAUUUUGAUAUCUCAGUAAAACAUGCUAAAACAACAUAAAGGCCUCUAGUCAUGCGGUGGUGUAUAGUAUAGUAUUGUUGCUUUAGGUGCGACGAAGAGCUGCUGAAAUGACAACCGAAGCCCAGGUUGUAAAUAUUGUCAAUGAAAUAUUGAAGGUGGAGCCGAUAGAGGAAGCGUUCAGCUGCUUCCUGGUGCAUCGGCCGGAGCAGGAGGCGGAGCGCCUGCAAGGCUGCCAGCAGGAGCUACAGACGCUGUUCGCGGGCGCGGGCAGCGAGCACCAGGAGGCCGGCGUGCGCCAGUACCUGCUGAUGGCCGCCUGCAUGACCAAUCACAGCCGCCUGCAGCAGCUGCUGUCCCUGCUGGAGACGCUGGUGGGCAACGGGGUGCUGACAGCCAGAUUGGUGUGCGAGUGUAUUUUGAGUUGCGAAAAGCUACAAUACCAGCUGAGUGGCUUCUGGGUUGAGUGCUUCAACCUGAUCAGAAGAAUCAUUGGAGGCGUAGACUACAAGGGCGUCAGAGAAAUUAUGAAGGGUUGCAGGGAGAAGGCUCAGACCAUCCCCUCCACGCUGAACGCAGCCAUCCUGCCCCAACUGCGGGCGCUGGUCAAUGUCAUAGAGUACAUAUUCAACAGGAAUGCCUGCCUCCUGCCAGGAUACUUAAUCGUAAACGAGAUACAGAAGGCGUAUCCGGAAAACAAGAACUGGCCACACUGGAAGGUGGCGCACCUGCUGUCCAGCUUCGUGGAGAGCUUCCGGGCGACGGCCCAGAUGGUGACCAUCAUCGGGCACUCGCGGAUGCUGCCGGUGGUGGAGCACUCGGGCUACGCGGACCACCUGAUCAACCCCUGGAGGCUGGACCCGGCCACGCUCAAGUUCUCGCUGAAGGGCAACCUGCCCUACGACCGGGAGCUGCUGCAGCCGCAGACGGGCCUGCUGCGCUACGUGCUGGAGCAGCCCUACUCGCGGGACAUGGUCUGCUCCAUGCUGGGGCUGCAGAAGCAGCACAAGCAGCGGUGUGUGGCCUUGGAGGAGCAACUGGUGGAGCUGGUGGUGCUUGCGAUGGAGCGCUCGGAGACGGAGGCCGAUGCAGACGAUGCUGGGGCCAGCCACUGGCUGUGGCUCCACCUCUCCAGCCAGCUCAUCUACUUCGUGCUCUUCCAGUUCGCCAGCUUCCCCAACAUCGUCAUGGCGCUGCACGACAAGUUGGCAGGUCACGACCUACGACGUGGACGAGACCACUUGAUGUGGGUUCUCCUCCAGUUUAUCUCUGGAAGCAUUCAAAGAAACCCGCUCAGCAACUUCCUGCCCGUGCUGAAGCUGUACGACCUACUGUACCCGGAGAAGGAGCCCCUGCCCGUGCCGGACUUCAACAAGGCGCUCUGCACGCACCAGAUGGCCAUCACGUGCAUCUGGAUCCACCUGCUGAAGAAGGCCCAGCUGGAGCACCUCAACAUGCACCGUCCCAUCCCGCACACCCUGAAGGUGCACCACGAGUUCCUGCAGCACCUGGUGAUGCCCAACAACACGAGCCUGUGCAUGGGCGCCGACUACCGCAUCGCGCUGCUCUGCAACGCCUACUCCACCAACCAGGAGUUCUUCUCGCGCCCCAUGGCGGCGCUGGUGGACACCAUCCUGGGCACCCAGAAGGGCCCCCAGCAGCCGGCGCCCCUCCCCCCGCACACCAACAACGCGGCGCUCGCCAACGGGCCCACCACCCCGCUCUCCAUGUCCAUCCUGGACUCCCUCACGGUGCACUCCAAGAUGAGCCUCAUCCACUCGAUCGUGACGCACGUCAUCAAGCUGGCGCAGUCCAAGUCGAACAUGGCGCUGGCCCCGGCGCUGGUCGAGACCUACAGCCGCCUGCUGGUGUACACCGAGAUCGAGUCGCUCGGCAUCAAGGGCUUCAUCAGCCAGCUGCUGCCGACGGUGUUCAAGUCGCACGCGUGGGGCAUCCUCUACACGCUGCUGGAGAUGUUCAGCUACCGCAUGCACCACAUCCAGCCGCACUACCGCGUGCAGCUGCUGUCCCACCUGCACAGCCUGGCCGCCGUGCCGCAAACCAACCAGACGCAGCUGCACCUCUGCGUGGAGAGCACGGCGCUGCGCCUCAUCACGGGCCUGGGCAGCGCGGAGGUGCAGCCGCAGCUGUCUCGCUUCCUCAGCGAGCCCAAGACGCUGGUUUCCGCCGAGUCGGAGGAGCUGAACCGGGCCCUCGUGCUGACCCUCGCGCGCUCUAUGCACGUCACCGGGACCGGCUCGGAGACGCUGUCCGGCACGUGGUGCCGCGACCUGCUCAACACGGUGAUGCAGAACACACCCCACAGCUGGGCCAACCACACGCUGCAGUGCUUCUCCCCGGUGCUCAACGAGUUCUUCCAGCAGAACUCCGUGCCCAAGGAGAACAAGCAGCAGUUGAAGAAAGCGGUGGAGGAAGAGUUCCGCAACUGGGCGUCCAUGAACAACGAGAACGACAUCAUCACGCAUUUCUCCGUGCCGGGGACGCCGCCACUGUUCCUCUGCCUCGUGUGGAAGAUGAUCCUGGAGACGGACCGCAUCAGCCCCAUCGCCUACAAGAUCCUGGAGCGGAUCGGAGCCCGAGCCCUGUCCGCCCACCUGCGCAAGUUCUGCGACUACCUGGUGUUCGAGUUUGCGAACUCUGGAGGCGGACAGCACGUCAACAAGUGCGUGGAUGCCAUCAACGACAUGAUCUGGAAGUACAACAUCGUCACUAUCGACAGGCUCGUGUUGUGUCUGGCCCUGCGCACGCAAGAAGGGAACGAGGCGCAGGUGUGCUUCUUCAUCAUCCAGCUGCUGCUGCUCAAGGCGGCCGAGUUCCGCAACAGGGUGCAGGAGUUUGUGAAGGAGAACUCCCCGGAGCACUGGAAGCAGUCCAACUGGCACGAGAAGCACCUGGCGUUCCACCGCAAGUACCCGGAGAAGUUCGCCCCGGAGGGAAUCCUGGAGCAGACGGGAGGCCCGUCCUCGCCCUACCACUCCCUGCCCGUGUACUUCGGGAACGUGUGUCUCCGGUUCCUGCCGGUGUUCGAUAUUGUGAUCCAUCGGUACUUGGAGUUGCCCCCGGUUACUAAGUCUCUGGAAACGCUGCUGGAGCAUCUGGGUUGUUUGUAUAAGUUCCAUGACCGGCCCGUCACGUACCUGUACAACACGCUGCACUACUACGAGCGCAAGCUGAGGGACCGGCCGUCCCUGAAGAGGCGCCUGGUGGCCGCCGUGCUGGGCUCCCUGCGGGACAUCCGCCCCCCGGGCUGGAGCCUCUCCGAGGCCUACCAGACCUACAUGCAGCGCCAGAGCGACGAGGUCAGCUGGAUCCCCGACCUCGACUACUAUGUCCGCCUGGUGCGCCGCAUCGUCGAGACCAUGUCGGGCAAGUCGCAGUUCCCAUCGACGGACUGGAGGUUCAACGAGUUCCCGAACCCGGCUGCUCACGCCCUGUACGUGACGUGCGUGGAGCUGAUGGCCGUGCCAGUCACCCCCACGCUCGUGGGCAGCAGCCUGCUGGACGUCAUCGCCAAGGGGCACACGGUGAUCCCCUCGCACCAGAUCCACCUGUGGAUCAACUCGGUGGGGCUGGUGAUGGCGGCGCUGCCUGACUCGUACUGGUCCGUGCUGCACGAGCGGCUGCUGCAGGUGCUGGGCUGCCCGCAGCUCGCGCAGUGGCGCUUCCGCGGCUCCCCCUUCCAGAUGUUCAGCUUCGGCACCACCCACGAGGACCUGCUGGAGAACAAGUUCUCCUACGCGCUGGCGCUGGCCCACUCCAUGUGGCACCACGCCGGCGUGGGCCAGAUCUCCACCGUGCCUCAGUUCGUGAAGGAGAAGGUGCGGCCUCUGGUGAAGACGGAGGAGCAGUUCCUGUUCCUGUGCCACCUGGUGGGCCCCUUCCUGCAGCGCUUCAACACGGACCGGCCGCGCUGCGUCAUGGAGCUCACCGUCGAGCUGUACGAGCUGCUCGAGCAGGUGGACAAGAGUGUCACCCACAUGAACUACAUGGACCCCAUCUGCGACCUGCUGUACCACAUCAAGUACAUGUUCGUGGGGGACAUGAUGAAGAGCGACGUGGAGGGCAUCAUCCGGCGCCUGCGGCCCGCGCUGCAGAUGAGGCUGCGCUUCAUCGCACACCUCAACCUGGACGAGAUCAACGCAGCGUAGCAUCACGAGAGAGUUGUUGCACCUGUGGCAUCAACAAGUACAAAGGAUGGAAAUUCAUGUUGAUUGGUAGCAAUGACGCUGGCCGUGUGAUUCCCACUGCUGCAGAUGAACGUUGUGUCGGAACAACAUUUGAUCCUGAUCUCAGUUCAACCAUGUCGUCCAGAUUGGUUGAUUGUGUUCUCUUUAGCGAUAUUCAUAAGACUGUUUAUGAAACUAAAUACUAACUGAGAAAUGUGCAAGAUCAAUUUCAGUCUGAACUUUGAAAGUUUCUUCAAAUGUGUCAUACCACUCAUUUUAUUAAUUUUUAUAGGAAGUUUCCUAUGGCAGUGGUGAUAAUAACUUUAGCAGAGGAUUGUUUUGAGCAAUUGGGGACUUUUCUACAACAAUUUUCUGAUAACGGCAUUAGUGAAAAAACAAUGGCAUCAUGGAAGAUAGCGUUCUGUGAAACUUGUUUUAAAUAUGGAUUUCAUUCCUAUGUUGUAUUUUUUUUAAAAGCUAUGGUAAGCUUUUCUAAGUAUUUAUAUUGCAACAUAAAGAACAAUAAAUAAUGAUAGUAUGUAUUUGAUAAAUAAUAUUAGAUUGUGAAAUAGUAUGAUUUUUUUUACAAUACAUAUAUAUUUUAAGAUUCCCACAUGAUUUGCAUUAAGAUGUAUGUUAACUAUUGAAAUGUUAUGUAUGUGUUGUAAGUCUUGUAUGUAUUAUAGGUUAUGAGUUAUGACUUAUAAUGAUAAUAAUAUUAAACUUUUUUUAAACCCA